AUGGGCAGUGCAGCUGGCAUGUCCACAGAUUUCUUCGCCAAACAUCCGCCCCAACCGCCAACUCAUCCGCUGGCCAGUGCGCACAGUCCACUCCUUUUGACCACAGACCCCGCUCCAAACGGGGUUUCAUUCUUGGCCGAACGCAGGUUCAGUUGCCUCAAGUGGCAUCCUGACAAGAACGCGGACAACCUUGAGGUCGCCACAGAGGUCUUUCAGUGGCUUCAGUCCCAGAGGGAUUGGUAUCUCAAAGAGUGA